AUGGGAAGUAAAAGAGGGCGCGGCGGGGCUUCGUCGAAUCAAGAGCGAGUCCGCACGCAUCUUUUCUUCGGAUCGAAAGCUGAACGUCCACAUCAGAAGCGGAAAAGAAGAGCUCAAAAUAAAUUGCACGCCACUGUCAAAGACAAGAAAGACGAAAUGGUUCAAGCGGGAGCCAGUGAAAUAGACCCUCUGCAAUGGACUGGUAAUCAGAGAGUUCUACAUUUUGGUCCGAUGGCUCAAAGAGAUCCGUACUUUUACUAUUACCCGAAAGGAUGGGAUAUCUUAUAUCCGGCAACGUUUGGUUUCUUCCCGUACAGAACUUCAAAAUUUCGAGGAUCUUCUUCUCUUAUCUGUUGCACAGCUUUCGGAGUGUUCCUCUUGAUUGGUGGUCUUCUAAUGUCGUUGCUUGGUUAUAAAUAUCUUUACACGUCUCCAUUUUGGACAUGGCCAUAUGAACAACGAAUUCGACCACCGCCUAUCCAAAUAGCCGGUCCUAUAUUAUUCGGAUUAGGAUGCAUUUUUCUUCUCGUUUCAUUGAUGUACUUUUUGUGUACAACGAAGCUGUGCGAUCUCUCUUUACAUCACACCAAGAAGCACAAUGAUCCUGCAAGAUUAACGACAAUCACUACACAUUAUGUGGUAUCAAUUCGGAUACGCCAGCGUCAUCUAUCCAAGAUGCUUCGUCACUUGUCUCACCAGGACGCCUUCCGUUGCACGGUCGAGUUAGUUGGCCAGAAAAACCCAAGAAACAGAAAAGACAUCGUUUCUGGAGCGGAUGCCUCUUUUGUUCUCAGAGAGGUCAUGCAGCGGCCUACUGUGAGAAGUUCGAUGUUGAAUCGCGAUGGGCGAUACGUUCAAUCGGAUGGCGAUGAAUCUUAG